ACAUACCAGCUAGCACAGCAAUCACACAGAUCCACCGAGAUUAGAAGUUUGUAUUUAGCUACGCAGAUCCCUGUCAUAUUUUAAUUUAAUGUUAGUUGUUACAGCGCAGCUGCAUCUUUGUCUAUAGAAAUAUAGAUCUACCACACCGGAGUGACCAGAAUGGAGUGGCAGCCAGAUGAACAGGGUCUGCAGCAAGUGCUUCAGCUACUCAAGGACUCCCAGUCCCCAGACACAGCAACACAGAGAGCUGUGCAAGAAAAACUGGAGCAACUCAACCAGUUUCCAGAUUUCAACAACUAUCUCAUCUUUGUCCUCACAAGCCUCAAAUCUGAGGAUGAGCCCACUCGCUCUCUGAGUGGUCUGAUACUGAAGAACAACGUUAAGGCUCACUACCAAAACUUCCCUCCCAAUGUGGCUGACUUCAUCAAACGAGAAUGCCUCAAUAACAUCGGAGACCCUUCACCGCUUAUCAGAGCGACGAUCGGUAUCCUGAUCACGACCAUAGCCUCUAAAGGAGAGCUGCAGACCUGGCCGGAACUGUUGCCGCAGCUCUGCAAUCUGCUCAACUCAGAGGACUAUAACACCUGCGAGGGUUCCUUCGGAGCGCUGCAGAAGAUCUGCGAGGACUCAUCGGAGUUGCUGGACAGUGAUGCCCUGAACAGACCUCUCAACAUCAUGAUCCCCAAAUUCCUGCAGUUUUUCAAGCACUGCAGCCCCAAGAUCAGGUCCCAUGCUAUAGCGUGUGUGAACCAGUUCAUCAUUGGUAGAGCUCAAGCUCUAAUGGAUAACAUUGACACCUUCAUUGAGAGUCUGUUUGCACUGGCUGGUGAUGAGGACAGUGAAGUGCGGAAGAAUGUGUGCAGGGCUUUGGUCAUGCUGCUGGAAGUCCGCAUUGACCGCCUCAUCCCACACAUGCACAGCAUCAUCCAGUACAUGCUGCAGCGGACCCAGGACCCAGAUGAGAACGUGGCUCUGGAGGCCUGUGAGUUCUGGCUAACUCUGGCUGAACAGCCAAUCUGUAAAGAGGCCCUGUCUGGUCACUUGGUCCAACUGAUUCCUAUCCUGGUGAAUGGGAUGAAAUACUCUGAGAUUGACAUUAUUCUUCUAAAGGGGGACGUUGAAGAGGAUGAGGCAAUUCCUGACAGCGAGCAAGACAUCAAGCCCCGCUUCCACAAGUCCCGCACUGUCACUCUGCAGCAUGAAGGAGGGGAGGGCGAGGAGGGGGAGGACAUCGAUGAAGACGAGGACGAUGAUGACGAUACGCUGUCUGACUGGAACCUACGGAAGUGUUCAGCCGCGGCUCUCGACGUUCUUGCCAACGUCUUUCGUGAGGAGUUGCUUCCUCAUCUCCUGCCCCUGCUCAAAGGCCUGCUUUUCCACCCUGACUGGGUCAUCAAGGAGUCUGGCAUCCUAGUACUGGGGGCUAUUGCUGAGGGCUGUAUGCAAGGCAUGGUACCUUACUUGCCUGAGCUGAUCCCCCACCUCAUCCAGUGUUUGUGCGACAAGAAGGCCCUGGUCCGCUCCAUUGCCUGCUGGACCCUCAGUCGCUACGCCCACUGGGUAGUCAGCCAGCCCCCUGACGCUCACCUCAAACCCCUCAUGACCGAGCUGCUCACACGCAUCCUGGAUGGUAAUAAGCGGGUACAGGAAGCAGCAUGCAGUGCGUUUGCCACCCUGGAGGAGGAGGCGUGCACAGAGCUGGUGCCUUACCUGAGCUUCAUCCUGGACACACUGGUUUUUGCUUUUGGGAAGUACCAGCACAAGAACCUUCUCAUCCUCUAUGAUGCUAUAGGAACACUGGCGGACUCUGUAGGCCACCAUCUCAACCAGCCUGAGUACAUACAGAAGCUGAUGCCACCGCUGAUAGCCAAGUGGAACGAGCUGAAGGACGAAGAUAAAGAUCUCUUCCCUCUGCUCGAGUGUCUGUCGUCUGUUGCCACGGCGCUGCAGAGUGGUUUCCUCCCGUAUUGUGAGCCCGUCUACCAGCGAUGUGUCACCCUGGUCCAGAAGACGCUGGCUCAGGCCAUGAUGUACAGUCAGCAGCCAGACCAGUACGAAGCACCCGACAAGGACUUCAUGAUUGUGGCUCUGGAUCUUUUAAGUGGCUUGGCUGAGGGACUUGGGGGCCAAGUGGACACACUUGUGGCGCGCAGUAACAUCAUGACGCUGCUUUUCCAGUGCAUGCAGGAUACGAUGCCUGAAGUAAGACAGAGUUCAUUUGCUCUCCUGGGUGACUUGACCAAGGCCUGCUUCCCUCAUGUCAAACCGUGUAUUGCUGAAUUCAUGCCAAUUCUCGGGACAAAUCUGAACCCAGAGUUCAUCUCUGUCUGCAACAAUGCUACCUGGGCCAUAGGAGAGAUCUGUAUGCAGAUGGGGGUGGAGAUGCAGCCGUACAUCGCUAUGGUUCUGAACCAGCUGGUUGAAAUUAUUAAUCGACCCAACACCCCCAAGACCCUGCUGGAGAACACUGCAAUCACCAUCGGCCGACUGGGCUAUGUGUGUCCUCAGGAGGUUGCUGCCAUGCUGCCGCAGUUUAUCCGACCUUGGUGUACAUCUCUGCGGAACAUCAGAGACAACGAGGAGAAAGACUCUGCCUUCCGGGGGAUUUGCAUGAUGAUUGGUGUGAACCCAGGAGGCGUGGUGCAGGACUUCAUCUUCUUCUGUGAUGCAGUGGCCUCUUGGGUGAAUCCUAAAGAUGAUUUGCGAGACAUGUUCUACAAGAUCCUGCACGGUUUUAAGGAGCAGGUUGGGGAAGAGAACUGGCAGCAGUUCUCGGAGCAGUUCCCCCCACUGCUGAAGGAGAGACUGGCAGCCUGCUACGGCGUUUAGAUUCUCUACACCCACCCAAGAGGUGAGCCAGCAGGAGGAGGGUGAAUGGGAAACUCAUCCAUCUGUGUAUUGCACUGCCCAGAUCUGGGGGGAGGGAGAGGGACGCUAUUGGCCGCUCCCCCUGACGGACGGCCCCCACGCCCUAUGUGUUUGUCCAUAGA